AUGGAUUCAUUAGAAACGGGUAGUUGUGCUCUUUCCUCCGAUCCACUUUUAUCAGCCGCACUUUCUUCUCCACAACAAUCGCGUCGAGUUUCGCAACAAAAACGACAUCGAAAUGUGAAAUUCGAUUUUAUUGAGAUGAUCGGAGAUGAUGAAGAUGAUGAAGAUCAGGAUAGUCACAAGAGGAAUUCAGCAAUCUAUGGGUAAGGCUUUCUUUACUCAAGUCAGGUUGUUUGUAAAUUUUGGGUUGGGUUAAAUUUCAAACAAAAGUAGAGAGUAUCUCGAAUUUCAUUCCUCAUCGCUUCACCAAAAGAUUGAUCUCUUUUUCGCCAAAAAGUUGCCAUCCAAAAAUAAAUAAAAUAUGCUAAUAAUGGUUUUGGGCCAAAGGGAAAAAGGGAAGGGGAGAAAGUGACAGAUGGCAUCGAAUAAAUCGAAUGAAUAGUUCUCGGGUGUCACCAAAUUAUUUUUGAAGUAUUAGCGUAUCUGCUCAUGGAUACAGAAACAAAACCAAAAAAACAUUAGUGGCAGUUUAUGAGGCGAGUCUUUAAUGGAAUUGUUGUGUUGUGAGUGGGCGAAUGAACGAAUUAAUUGGAUAGGAUAGGAUGGUGUCAAGAUUGGAUUUUUGUAGGAGGAAUAAUGAAAAAUUUUGGAGAUUUAUUCAAAGGGCUAUAAAUUCCAAAAAUCUCUGAAAUUGCUCUUUGUUGGAUUUUUUAAUUAAAAAAUAAAUCUUCGUAGGGGAGGGGGUACUGUAGGAGACAAUGGUGAGGUAGAACAAAGAGAUUUUGGACUUCUUUGAGAUUUGAAAAAAUUCUAAUUUUGAAAAGCUUCAAGUUCAGAAAAACUUGAAAAUGUGAUUUUCAGAUUUUUUGUGAGAAAUCUGAAAUUUCUGAAUUUUGAAAAUGAAUUUUUAAUUUUUCACGUCAAAUUUUCCUCUCUUUUUCACGCCAGGUAUUUUUAAAAGUUUAUUUUUCAUUUUGAAAAAAAUCGGCCAGGUCCAGUUUUUGACAGAAAAUUUUUGAAGCCAGCCAGAAAAGGGGACCACUUUCUCUAAAUACUCCAAAAAAUGCGAUAAACAACAGGCAAACCGUCAUUCAGCGGAGUGUCGUUGUGAAAAAUGCGUGUUUUUGUCCAAAAAUCGAUGAUUUCUGGUUUUUGAUGGAAAAUUGGAUAAGUUUGAAAAAGUGGUCCGAUUUUGAAUAUUUCUCAAACAUUCCUUUCUGGCCUCAAAAUCGGGUCCGAUUUUUUUAUUUUUAAAUUUUUUUAAAAUCUCAUUCCCCCUUCUUCCCAAAAAUUCCCCCGUUCAUAACAUUCACAUUCCAAUCACACAACACGCCAAAAAAAAAUAUGAUAUAAAAAUUAUACUGUUUUCCGUCGUCUGCUUUCCCAUCGUCUUCUAUUUUUUCUUCUACAUCAUUCGCUGUCCAAAACCAGCGACGACAAAAAUUCGAUAUAAAAUCUUUUUUCGCCCAAAUGGUUAUAUUUUGUUCGUCUUCUUCCAUCGACGAAUAUUUAAUUGAUUCGACGCAGCUCGCAUAAAUAUAAUUUUCUUCUUCUAUUUCUUUUUGUAUUUUUUUUCUCGGCUGGUUUGAGAAAAAAGCAUACAUAUAUGUACGAUGUACGAACCACAAUUUCUCAAGUUAUGUACCGAAGUGUGAGUUGAGUUGUAGUUGAGCAUACAUUUUUUUUUGGUAGAGCCCCAGGUAAACUAAACUACUUCAUUAGCACACUCUUUCAUGGAUGGAUGAAAAAUGGGUUUUGAAUAAUUAGACUUUCUCUGCGUCUCUCUGUUUUUCCUACUCGACCACCUGCUCUAUUCAGAAAAAAAGGCAGCAGAAGGGUGUCAUUAAAAUUACGGGGUUCUCCUAGAUCUGAUUAAAAAUUGUGAAUUUCAGAAACUACGCAACAUUGACAAAUCUCCAACCUCUUCCACCAAUUUCAACAGUCACCUCGUCGAAAACCAGAUAUUCUCGAGAAUCCACGUCACCACAGACUAAAAAUAUCAAGUUGGUUUUUUUUGUUGUUUUAAUUUUUAAUUAAAAAUGAAUGUUCAUUUCCAAUUUUGUUUCAGCAAUUAUUUUUUCCCCAAUUCAACUUCGUCUUCUGCUGGAACUCAGGGAGUUUAUAAAUAUGAAUAUGAGAUCAAACAUGAGGAUGAGGAGAGUGAUGAAGUUGGAGCUACACAAUCUUCUACACCUUCCGAUUAUGGAAGUUCUGGACCGGAUCAACUACAUUUCUCAUCUUCGAGUUUUGUUUCGUCGUAUGACACGUCGCCAAGAAUGGAGAAAGAUUUCACUUUCCCAACGUUUGCUAAUUCAGAUGAUAAUACUUCUGAUCAUGUAAGUUUUAAUUUUGAUUGGAUAGAUAAUUCGAUUAUUGUUCCUGCCUGCUUUUUAUAAUACAUUUUGAUAAUAAAACAUGUAUUUGCAGGCAAUUUCAUCGACAUCAAAAAAGCUAACAAGAGUCUCGCCCGCGUUUGCAAGCGAAGAAGAUAUCGAUGAUGACGGUGAAGAAUUGAACACCAAAGAAUUGGCAAUUCAAAUAGCAUCCGAACUCAAAAGAUAUUCAAUUCCCCAAGCGAUUUUCGCCCAGCGUGUUUUAUGUCGAUCGCAAGGAACACUCUCAGAUUUAUUGCGAAAUCCAAAACCUUGGUCGAAACUGAAAUCGGGAAGAGAAACUUUUCGAAGAAUGGCAAAAUGGUUGCAAGAACCGGAAUUCAAGAGAAUGUCUGAUUUGAGAUUGGCGGCGUGUAAACGGAAAGAUGAUGUUCCGAUGUCGACGUGUUCACCGUCGAUUCCGAAAAAGCCGCGAUUAGUUUUUACGGAUAUUCAGAGACGAACUUUGCAAGCAAUUUUUAAAGAAACGAAAAGACCAUCGAGAGAAAUGCAACUUACAAUCAGUCAGCAACUGAAUCUAGAUUCUACCACCGUAAGUGACAAUUUCAGGGAGUUUUAAAAUUCUUUUUGAAAAAACGAGAAUUGUUUAAGCUUUGUUCCAACUGCUUGAAAAACUCACAUUAGAAAUAUUUUUGAAGUGAAACAUUCAAGGAGCCUCUAAUUCCUAUCAGAAUUCAGGAGUUCAACUCAACCCGCUUUUUUUCCAGGUUGCCAACUUUUUCAUGAAUGCUCGCCGCCGCGGUCACGAAACUCGUCAAGAAGAUAUGAAGCCUAGAAUGUAUAGCACAUCAAAUCUUGACGAGUCAUCAGAAGAUUUCAGCAGUAUGAGUCCAUUUCUAGAAGACUCAUUGCUUGAACCAAAAAUCGAAGAAGAAGAGGUGGAAGAAGAAGACGUGGAUGAAGGAGUUGCAGAUGAUAUUCUUCUCAAUAACUUGUGA